AUGAUCAGUCCAUUCUUGUGUGAUGGCCAAACCGGAUAUCAUCUGAACAUUGUCGUGCAUCUCUGUGAUUUGAUUGGCAGCGCGUUACUGGAUCCCGCCGGGAGACAGAAUCUAGAAUAUUCAGACAGUCGAAGCCCGCGGAUAGCGCCAAUAUCAACAUCCGGCCCUUGUGCCGGCCUGACGUCUCCUGAAAGUGUCGCGAUGCAUGGAGAUACUCCUGCAAUUCAAGGCCAGGCGGCAGGAUGCGCAUGCGUGCAGAACCGAAGUUCGCCUUACCGUCGGGGUGACACUCGCGAGAAUGUGUUUAGCCACAGAUCCUGCAUGACAAUGGACAUCAGUCCUUCGGUGCCAGGCCGUCUUGUUCAACAACAAACAAACACGCAACCGUGCACACGCACUGGGCCCGAAGCGUCUAGGCCAGGGGAGCGGGCUGUACCUGGCUUACGCGCCUCACACAUCGAUCACCCAACGAGCCUAAAAAAGCCAGCAGAAGACUCGCCAGCUCCGGACAAAGGCACGCGGGAUGCUCCAAAUCCUCGACAACAGCAUCUCCCGAGAGGGUUCGCCGCCACAACUGGUCAGACGGAGCCGGCGGGUAGAGAGACUGCGAGUCGAGACAGCCAAGCGGCGACAGGCAUGGGGCUGCCUGGGCACUCAGCUGUGGAGCCGGCGGUGGGGCAGCACGGCAGGCAGGCUGGCGGGGACGGUCACGAACAGCUGCGUGGUCAUUGGCCGCCGCCGGCGCCAUCCGACGGCGGUCGGCCAUGUGCCACCUCGGCGGGUGAAUGCGGGCAUGCGUCCCCGGCCUCGGCAUAUCAGUGGGGCGGCACGUCAGAUGCAAACGGAUCUGCGAACGCCUUAGAGCUGCUGCUCAACGACCUAGCCGACUCCAGAGCGGCCAGACCUGGAUCCGAGUUUGCCGUGUCGCCAUCGUGGUGGCCCGACCAACUGGAAUUCGACAAGCAGUUUCCGGGCAGUGUCGGCCAUUUCAGUCAGUCGGGCAGUGUCGGCCAUUUCAGCCAGUCGGGCAGUGUCGGCCAUUUGAGCCAGUCGGGCAGUGUCGGCCUCUCGUCGCGAGACGCCUCGGGCGCAGGCGCGGCUGACGCCGUCGCGAACGUGGCUGCAGAGAGAGGCGGUAGCGGAGGCAGAGCAAUGCCCCGCCCAGGCGCGGGGGCGCCUGGUGCGGACGGUGCGGGACAGCCGGUGCCGGCGCCGAUGGGGGGACCGACUGCGAGUCGAGACUGCCAAGCGGCGACAGACAUGGGGCUGCCUGGGCACUCAGCUGUGGAGCCGGCGGUGGGGCAGCACGGCAGGCAGGCUGGCGGAGACGGUCGCGAACAGCUGCGUGGUCAUUGGCCGCCGCCUGCGCCAUCCGACGGCGGUCGGCCAUGUGCCACCUCGGCGGGUGACUGCGGGCAUGCGUCCCCGGCCUCGGCAUACCAGUGGGGCGGCACGUCAGAUGCAAACGGAUCCGCGAACGCCUUAGAGCUGCUGCUCAACGACCUAGCCGACUCCAGAGCGGCCAGACCUGGAUCCGAGUUUGGCGUGUCGCCACCGUGGUGGCCCGACCAACUGGAAUUCGACAAGCUGUUUCCGGGCAGUGUUGGCCAUUUCAGCCAGUCGGGCAGUGUCGGCCAUUUGAGCCAGUCGGGCAGUGUCGGCCAUUUGAGCCAGUCGGGCAGUGUCGGCCUCUCGUCGCGAGACGCCUCGGGCGCAGGCGCGGCUGACGCCGUCGCGAACGUGGCUGCAGAGAGAGGCGGUAGCGGAGGCAGCGCAAUGCCCCGCCCAGGGGCGGGGGCGCCUGGUGCGGACGGUGCGGGUCAGCCGGUGCCGGCGCCGAUGGGGGGACCGACUGCGAGUCGAGACAGCCAAGCGGCGACAGACAUGGGGCUGCCUGGGCACUCAGCUGUGGAGCCGGCGGUGGGGCAGCACGGCAGGCAGGCUGGCGGGGACGGUCACGAACAGCUGCGUGGUCAUUGGCCGCCGCCUGCGGCAUCCGACGGCGGUCGGCCAUGUGCCACCUCGGCGGGUGACUGCGGGCAUGCGUCCCCGGCCUCGGCAUACCAGUGGGGCGGCACGUCAGAUGCAAACGGAUCCGCGAACGCCUUAGAGCUGCUGCUCAACGACCUAGCCGACUCCAGAGCGGCCAGACCUGGAUCCGAGUUUGCCGUGUCGCCAUCGUGGUGGCCCGACCAACUGGAAUUCGACAAGCAGUUUCCGGGCAGUGUCGGCCAUUUCAGCCAGUCGGGCAGUGUCGGCCAUUUGAGCCAGUCGGGCAGUGUCGGCCUCUCGUCGCGAGACGCCUCGGGCGCAGGCGCGGCUGACGCCGUCGCGAACGUGGCUGCAGAGAGAGGCGGUAGCGGAGGCAGCGCAAUGCCCCGCCCAGGGGCGGGGGUGCCUGGUGCGGACGGUGCGGGACAGCCGGUGCCGGCGCCGAUGGGGGGACCGACUGCGAGUCGAGACAGCCAAGCGGCGACAGACAUGGGGCUGCCUGGGCACUCAGCUGUGGAGCCGGCGGUGGGGCAGCACGGCAGGCAGGCUGGCGGAGACGGUCACGAACAGCUGCGUGGUCAUUGGCCGCCGCCUGCGGCAUCCGACGGCGGUCGGCCAUGUGCCACCUCGGCGGGUGAUUGCGGGCAUGCGUCCCCGGCCUCGGCAUACCAGUGGGGCGGCACGUCAGAUGCAAACGGAUCUGCGAACGCCUUAGAGCUGCUGCUCAACGACCUAGCCGACUCCAGAGCGGCCAGACCUGGAUCCGAGUUUGCCGUGUCGCCACCGUGGUGGCCCGACCAACUGGAAUUCGACAAGCAGUUUCCGGGCAGUGUUGGCCAUUUGAGCCAGUCGGGCAGUGUCGGCCAUUUGAGCCAGUCGGGCAGUGUCGGCCUCUCGUCGCGAGACGCCUCGGGCGCAGGCGCGGCUGACGCCGUCGCGAACGUGGCUGCAGAGAGAGGCGGUAGCGGAGGCAGCGCAAUGCCCCGCCCAGGCGCGGGGGCGCCUGGUGCGGACGGUGCGGGACAGCCGGUGCCGGCGCCGAUGGGGGGACCGACUGCGAGUCGAGACAGCCAAGCGGCGACAGACAUGGGGCUGCCUGGGCACUCAGCUGUGGAGCCGGCGGUGGGGCAGCACGGCAGGCAGGCUGGCGGAGACGGUCACGAACAGCUGCGUGGUCAUUGGCCGCCGCCUGCGGCAUCCGACGGCGGUCGGCCAUGUGCCACCUCGGCGGGUGACUGCGGGCAUGCGUCCCCGGCCUCGGCAUACCAGUGGGGCGGCACGUCAGAUGCAAACGGAUCCGCGAACGCCUUAGAGCUGCUGCUCAACGACCUAGCCGACUCCAGAGCGGCCAGACCUGGAUCCGGGUUUGGCGUGUCGCCACCGUGGUGGCCCGACCAACUGGAAUUCGACAAGGAGUUUCCGGGCAGUGUUGGCCAUUUCAGCCAGUCGGGCAGUGUCGGCCAUUUGAGCCAGUCGGGCAGUGUCGGCCAUUUGAGCCAGUCGGGCAGUGUCGGCCUCUCGUCGCGAGACGCCUCGGGCGCAGGCGCGGCUGACGCCGUCGCGAACGUGGCUGCAGAGAGAGGCGGUAGCGGAGGCAGCACAAUGCCCCGCCCAGGCGCGGGGGCGCCUGGUGCGGACGGUGCGGGUCAGCCGGUGCCGGCGCCGAUGGGGGGACCGACUGCGAGUCGAGACAGCCAAGCGGCGACAGACAUGGGGCUGCCUGGGCACUCAGCUGUGGAGCCGGCGGUGGGGCAGCACGGCAGGCAGGCUGGCGGAGACGGUCACGAACAGCUGCGUGGUCAUUGGCCGCCGCCUGCGGCAUCCGACGGCGGUCGGCCAUGUGCCACCUCGGCGGGCGACUGCGGGCAUGCGUCCCCGGCCUCGGCAUACCAGUGGGGCGGCACGUCAGAUGCAAACGGAUCCGCGAACGCCUUAGAGCUGCUGCUCAACGACCUAGCCGACUCCAGAGCGGCCAGACCUGGAUCCGGGUUUGGCGUGUCGCCACCGUGGUGGCCCGACCAACUGGAAUUCGACAAGCAGUUUCCGGGCAGUGUCGGCCAUUUCAGCCAGUCGGGCAGUGUCGGCCAUUUGAGCCAGUCGGGCAGUGUCGGCCUCUCGUCGCGAGACGCCUCGGGCGCAGGCGCGGCUGACGCCGUCGCGAACGUGGCUGCAGAGAGAGGCGGUAGCGGAGGCAGCACAAUGCCCCGCCCAGGCGCGGGGGCGCCUGGUGCGGACGGUGCGGGUCAGCCGGUGCCGGCGCCGAUGGGGGGACCGACUGCGAGUCGAGACAGCCAAGCGGCGACAGACAUGGGGCUGCCUGGGCACUCAGCUGUGGAGCCGGCGGUGGGGCAGCACGGCAGGCAGGCUGGCGGAGACGGUCACGAACAGCUGCGUGGUCAUUGGCCGCCGCCUGCGGCAUCCGACGGCGGUCGGCCAUGUGCCACCUCGGCGGGCGACUGCGGGCAUGCGUCCCCGGCCUCGGCAUACCAGUGGGGCGGCACGUCAGAUGCAAACGGAUCCGCGAACGCCUUAGAGCUGCUGCUCAACGACCUAGCCGACUCCAGAGCGGCCAGACCUGGAUCCGGGUUUGGCGUGUCGCCACCGUGGUGGCCCGACCAACUGGAAUUCGACAAGCAGUUUCCGGGCAGUGUCGGCCAUUUCAGCCAGUCGGGCAGUGUCGGCCAUUUGAGCCAGUCGGGCAGUGUCGGCCUCUCGUCGCGAGAUGCCUCGGGCGCAGGCGCGGCUGACGCCGUCGCGAACGUGGCUGCAGAGAGAGGCGGUAGCGGAGGCAGCGCAAUGCCCCGCCCAGGCGCGGGGGCGCCUGGUGCGGACGGUGCGGGUCAGCCGGUGCCGGCGCCGAUGGUGGGACCGACUGCGAGUCGAGACAGCCAAGCGGCGUCAGACAUGGGGCUGCCUGGGCACUCAGCUGUGGAGCCGGCGGUGGGGCAGCACGGCAGGCAGGCUGGCGGAGACGGUCGCGAACAGCUGCGUGGUCAUUGGCCGCCGCCUGCGCCAUCCGACGGCGGUCGGCCAUGUGCCACCUCGGCGGGUGACUGCGGGCAUGCGUCCCCGGCCUCGGCAUACCAGUGGGGCGGCACGUCAGAUGCAAACGGAUCUGCGAACGCCUUAGAGCUGCUGCUCAACGACCUAGCCGACUCCAGAGCGGCCAGACCUGGAUCCGAGUUUGCCGUGUCGCCACCGUGGUGGCCCGACCAACUGGAAUUCGACAAGCAGUUUCCGGGCAGUGUUGGCCAUUUCAGCCAGUCGGGCAGUGUCGGCCAUUUGAGCCAGUCGGGCAGUGUCGGCCAUUUCAGCCGGUCGGGCAGUGUCAGCCAUUUGAGCCAGUCGGGCAGUGUCGGCCUCUCGUCGCGAGACGCCUCGGGCGCAGGCGCGGCUGACGCCGUCGCGAACGCGGCUGCAGAGAGAGGCGGUAGCGGAGGCAGCGCAGUGCCCCGCCCAGGCGCGGGGGCGCCUGGUGCGGACGGUGCGGGACAGCCGGUGCCGGCGCCGAUGGGGGGACCGACUGCGAGUCGAGACAGCCAAGCGGCGACAGACAUGGGGCUGCCUGGGCACUCAGCUGUGGAGCCGGCGGUGGGGCAGCACGGCAGGCAGGCUGGCGGAGACGGUCACGAACAGCUGCGUGGUCAUUGGCCGCCGCCUGCGGCAUCCGACGGCGGUCGGCCAUGUGCCACCUCGGCGGGUGACUGCGGGCAUGGUGGCCUGGCCGCAGCAGGUCAGCGGCGUGGCAUGCAAGAUGGGGGCGGAAACGACGACCUGUUAGGCGGGUUCCGUAAUGUUUUAGGCGAUUCCGGAUUGCUCAGCUCGGGGUCCGCUGGAGGGACGGAGGGUGAGUUGCGUCAGUGGGGGGUAAGUCCUGGGGCUUCGGCGUGGAGCAGCGGUGCCACGCUGUCAGAGACGCAGGGCAGUGAGUGUGCGCACACCGUUCGUAAUAUCCCGCGACUGGGAGACUGGUAUAACGGAAUGCUCACGCACGCAUCUGAAGGACGCGCCGUCGCCGCGAAUAGCCUCAUGAUUGCUGGAAUGCAAGAAUGCCGAUGGGCGUCCAGGAACUUAGGAGCGCCUACGCGUGGAAUCGGGCCCGCGAAAAGUGCUUCCGAGCCGCGAAAAAGCAUGAGAAAGGGUCACGACUCAUUGGGCGAGAUACCUUGGGCUGAAGAAGCCUUUGCAAAAUCGGGCCCGGGGGGAGUGACGGCUCAAGCCGGAGCGAAACCAGAUGCAACUGUAGGCGAAAGUGCCAGCCGUCCCAGGCAGCCGGAAACGCGUAGCCGUCUCGAAGGAGUAUUCAUGCACCUACCAUCCACUGCGGCCGCGCAGUCCGGCCGUGUAAGCCAACUCCGAUUCACCUCGCCUAGUGCAGCUCUGGAAGGUCAAAACCCUCUGGCUGCAACGCACGGCCGGAACCGCCGGCUGAUACCGCAACCGACUGGGACGGCGUCUUUCGCGCAUGGGGUAUCAACUCUCCCCGAGGAGGAAACAGGGGGACUGAUCAUGGCGCGAAUAGAAAAAAGAAGCUCCAGUGCCAACAGAGGGCGCAGAAGCCUUUCUUAG